UCGUGUGACAGGGAGGCUCGACUCUUGGGUCUACGGCGUGGCUGGCUCGUGGGUGUGACGGUGCUUGCGGCGGUGGGUCUACGGCGUGGCUCGACUCGUGGGUCUACCACGGUCUUGUACCAACAAUCUGUUGUCUCUACAGUCUGUUCCUGUUGUUCGUUGUCUUCCUCCGUCUCAUCUACCACAACUUCCCUCCCCAUGUUUCGCCGACUCCGACGGAGAUUGACUUGCAGAGCAAUGGUCCAGCAGGCUGUACAGGGAGGAGCUCCAGCUACUUACACCCAAGAAAUGGAGAGGCUAACCGCUUAAGAAUCCCUUCUUCUUGCUGUGAGUCUCAAGUUUUAAGAAUUUGUGUAUUGUAGUUGAUAAGACCUAGCAUUUGAGCUUUGAAUUUGGGAUUAUUUAUUUAUUCAGUUUAAGGAUUCUGGGGGGUUUUUCCAAGCUUCAAUUUUUAUGGGAUUUUUACUUGUUCAAGCUAAUCAGGUCGCCAUUCUUGGAGGGUCGGUGGGAUUUUUUUCAGGGCUGAUGUCUUCCACGCAGUAGUUGAGGUGAGUCUUUCUUUGAUUUUUGUGAUCUGGGUUUGCUUUGUUUUUGCGUUUUGUGUGUCUGGGUUCUUCAUGUUUUUGUGAUUUUUUUUAUCUGGUUUUUCAGUUAUUAUGGAAUUCAUUUCCAAUUUCUCGUCGAAUCGUUGUGUUAUUGAUUUGCAUUGCACGACCUAUUUGUUAAUUUCAAUUCCGUAUGUGUAAUUUUUCUUCUUUCCGUUUUGAGUUGCUCCUUUUCUGUUUUGGUGUGUGAUUGCUCUAAUAUGGAAAUUUUAACGAGGUGAAUGAGGCAUUGAUUGAGUUACACAACGUGACACAAACUUUUGCUAGAAAUAUUCAGCAUUCCUUUUCAGAUUCUGAUCUUCGAGUUCUAAUGGAUACACUGAAGGCAGUGUACUCUCCCUUUGAAUCAUUUAAACAAAGGUAUGGACAGAUGGAGCGGGCCAUCCUUUCUUCUGAAAUUGCUGGGGUGGAUCUCAGGGGAGCUAUUACUCGUGGUGUGGGUGCCCAGGGGAUUGAACUCAGUGAAACAGUUCGCAGAAUGGAGGAAUCUAUUCCCCAUAUCAUUGUACUUCUUGAGGCAGCUGUAGAAAGGUGUAUCAACUUUACUGGUGGUUCUGAGGCAGAUGAACUAAUUCUUGCUCUUGAUAACAUAAUGUUACAAUAUAUCUUUGCUUUACAAGAGACACUAAGAUCAUUAAGAGUGGUCUGUGGAGUAGACCAUGAUGGUGUUGGUUCAAAGAAAGAGAUGGGAUCAGACAAGAGAGAUGGCAACACUGCACGAAAAGUUGAAUUGAUUUCAAAUGAGGAGGAAUGGUCCAUUGUUCAAGGGGCUUUGCAGAUCCUCACAGUUUCAGACUGAUGUGUUGUAAAUCAUUAAAGCAGAAAGGCAGAAAGAGACCAUGGCUUCUCCUUCUCCUUCUCACCUCACAGCUAUCCCACAACGCAUCUCAAAACCCUCCAUUUCCCACUGUAAGUAAAUCUCUCUCUUUCUCUCUGUAUAUAUAAUAUAUAUACGUAUAUAUAUGACACUACUAGUACCCUUAAGAUGAACUAGUAUGAGAAAUAACUUAAACCCUUAAUUUCAUUGCUAAAUUUUUCCUUAGUAUAUGUAAGAUUUCUAUGAAUUUUAGAAGCUGCAAUCCAUCACGUAAUAGUUUGUUUACACCUCAUGGUUAUUUUCAAUAGC